AUGUCUACGAACUACAAGCUCACAGCUGCGAGAGCGCGGAAGCUCCGUGAUAGCUCCAUUGCGUUAGGUAUCUUCCGCUUAUAUUCCCUUCUCAGCGGGAAUUGUUUUUCUCUGCAAUCCUCCGUCGUUUUCUUCAGUCCUAUUCGCUUGAUGCCACCCAGCGAAAACUGUCUACCGCAAGCGCAGCAGUCAGGCUUUUACUGCCAAAGGUGGCCACCUGCGCCGCUGCCCAUGCGUAGCACGCGGCUGGUCGCGCACCAUGGUGCUGGGAUGACCCAAAGCAUGACGCUGCUCGAGAUGAUCUGGCUUUUCACAGAGGUGCUUAGGGAGGUGCAGAUAGGAUGGCGGGAAGGGAAGACGGAAGAGGGGUUGGUGGAGGGAGGACCACGUAUCAUCUCAACACCACGGAAGCUCACUCCCUUCUGGCAUCCGAACACUGGUCAAGUUGCGUUCGUUAUCAAUGUCCUUGACGACAAGACCGACGCCAUCGCAACCUUUAGCUUGAACACGUCCAAAUCACCGGGACAGCCCGGCGGACGCAACAAAACAAAUGACUUGUUCAAGGCGCGUUUUAAUCAGAAGGUCUAA